GCGUCUAUUGUUUUCCGAAAGCGAAGUACAAUCAGUUAAGAUGGAGUUGUCAUUCUAUGAUGCAGAUCUCUGGUGACAGGAUUCUAACACCAUGGAUUCAGAAUGAAGGCAUUUCUGAGACCUGCUGUUGUCUUAUUGGUUCUGAUAAGCCACGUGACUCCUCAAUCUCAGCCAAUUGCGGUGAAGACCAAGUAUGGAAUGCUGCUCGGAACUAGAGAAACAAAAGAUUACAGACUAGGACAGCAGAUUACUACUGUUGAUACAUACUUGAGUAUACCAUUUGCCAAGCCACCUAUCGGAUCUUUACGAUUUAAGGAACCUCAACCUAUUGACAAAUGGCAUGGUAUGCGUUUGGCAAGAAAAAGGGCACCAGUCUGUCCCCAGUCCAUGGGCUUCCCGCAGACUGUAGUAACUCUUCCCUACAACGUUACCAUAGACGAAGAUUGUUUGUUUCUGAACAUCUACUCGCCAGUAAAGAUGACGAACAGUGCUGACGUGUUCCCGGUUCUCGUCUACAUCCACGACGGAGACUUUGUCAGCGGAUCAGGUGUCUACUUUGAUGGCAGGAUGCUGGCCCGGUUCGGCGUGGUGGUUGUCACAUUCAACCACAGGCUUGGAGCCCUUGGUUUUCUAAGCAAUGGUGGCCAAGAACUGAAGGGAAACUAUGGGUUGAUGGACCAGGUUAUGGCGCUGAGAUGGAUAAAAGACAACAUUGCCUCAUUUAGAGGAGACCCUGAACAAGUGACUGUGUUUGGGACAGGAUCGGGUGCUGUCAGUAUAGGCUUGCUAAUGAUGUCAAGGAUAAUAUCCAAAGACCUCUUCAGUCGUGUGAUAAUCAGCAGUGGGCCGGUCACCACGCCAAUGUCCGUCCUGGUCAACUCUUCAGUGGCCGCAAAACAGUUCCAAAAUGUUGUCAGAAAUCUUAAAUGUCCUGGUACCAAAAUGACAGACUGGGUGAGAUGUAUUAAGGCAGUGGAACCAGAAUCCCUUGUUAAUACUUCAGGGCUGAGUUUCAAACCAACAAUAGAUGGCAGUAUAAUAGACCAGCCAAUCCACAAGCUUCUCGAGCAAGGUUUUGCUGACCCAGUGCCAACGAUGAUAGGUUUUGUAGAAGAUGAAGCGAUGAGGGGUAUUGCUUUACACGAACUUGCAAUGAACAAUAAUAACCAAACACACGACGAAGGCCUUCAACGCCUAAUACAAAGCGAAUCGACGACUCUAAACCUUCCUACUGGUCUAGGGGAACUUGUAUAUCACGAGUAUGGCUACAGUGACAAGGAGGGUCAAAAUGCUGUCACAAGCAGAAAUGUUCUGUCCAAGUUGAUGACAGACAGACUCUACUCCGCUCCGACCAUCGAAAUGGCCAACCAGCUUGCAAAGCAGAACGCCCCAGUCUUCCUGUACGAUUUCCAUCACCACUUCCCCCUGAAGUCCCCGGCCCUGGAAGACAUCAGUUGGCUUUGCGGAUAUAGCUACCAUGGAGUGGAUCUGCCCUAUAUAUUUGGGGCACCAUACCUUGGCGAACCCCAGGCUUAUGACUGGCACCGGGGGAUCUACGGCAGCGAAGAGAGGUUCUUCAGUAAAUCUGUUAUGAGGCUGUGGAUGAACUUUGUAAAAAGAGGCGACCCGUCUGAUGGCGUCGGUGUCCUUCGACCAAUCAAAUGGAACCAGUUCCGGUCAAACGCAACCUCAUUCCUUCACAUCCGACAAGAUGGCAUCACCAUGAAGACCAAUCUCCGGAGCCGCGAGAUGGCAUUUUGGAAUACCAUUCUUCCCAACCUUGAAAACAAAACUCCACCAUCGAUUUCGACUCCUACCACAGACUGCCCCGGGUCUUUCUACACAGAAAUGAGCAUUCUGGCUGCUGUAUCUACCAUAUUGUUUCUGCUGUUCUUGAUUUUGGCGGUGUGUCUGGCAUGUCGACCCCGUCAUCAGGUCAAAGACGCGUCACUGAUAGAAUGUCGUGAACGCUGAUCAUAUAUACGUAUGACUGCAUGUGCAUUGACUAUAGAGAGGAUGAGAUUUCUGAACACGAAGUUGCAACGCGUCCUUGUAGAAACAAACUUAAAUCUUUUAAGUCAUAGCAUUUACUUUAGCUUUACGUAUACAUUCACAAAUAAGUUCUUGAAUCUCAACCUGACUAAUAUAUCUCGACUUGAAGCGUGCUCACCAUAAAAAGAACACUGGCAAGAAGAAAAGAGCCCGCCAGUGAAUCUUUCAACAAAUAAAGUGAAAAUAGUGUUUCUGUCUUAAAGCACGAAAAAAUUGUCAGUUUUAUACAUGUAGUCAAAUGAAAAUAGUUCUUCUGAUGUCUGCUCACUCCAUGAAUUGGUGAAGAAUUAGCAGACGAUGUGAGGAUUAAUGAGAUUUUUCUCAGUGAGAUGCUCCCGUAGUUGAUGGAGACUUUGACGUCAUGAGGCACGUUGCUCAUCCUCGUUCCCCGUGUUAAUCUUUUUUAGACUGAUGAUUUGUGGUGUGUCAUUCCGCAAAAAUAAAGAAAAUUUCAAUAACAGUGCUGACCAUCCAUUUAUAAUUCUGUGAUCUAUGAUCCGAGAUGACGUACGUGCCUUCUCAAAGAAAUUGAUGCCGGUAAU